AUGUUGAAUGUUACAAGUAAUAUAGGUUGUGUAGAUGACAUAAGUUCCCCUUUGAAUAUGGGAGAUACUGAUGAUGGGGAUGGUGACCUGGAGUCUCAGUUGGAGUCCGCUGAGGAGGAGGAAGUUAAUAAAGUUACAACGUACAUGUGCGAAAUAUGUAACCGUGUGUUCAAUCAACAGUCACUAUUCAACAGACAUAAGACAAUACACGAAACUCCAAAAUACACCUGCCAAAUUUGCAAUAAAACAUUUGCCAUACAGUACCGCCUUACACGCCAUUUGGAGACUCAUAGUAGCGCUAAUAAGUGUAUGUGUUCAUUUUGUGGCAAAGAGUAUAGCAGAGAAGUUUAA